AUGUCGUACUUUAAAGAGCUGGUGUCGGAGAACGAGUUUAUCGCUGAGUUCAGAUCAGAUAGAGGGGGGUCCUGGAAGAUAAUGCUCCACAGCAAUGUGUUAGAGCGGAGCAGAUCAGCUGGUGAACGCUAUGUUGUAGUGAAAGGGUGGGCUUCCUCCACUGACCAGACUGUCCGUGAAGCUGUCGACGACCUCAACGCUGCCAAGACUAGUCCAUUCCAGAUGUACCAAGUUGCUAUUGGUUCCUCAGUCUCUGUGUCACCGUGUCACGUGGAAGGACCUGAAGAGUUUUACGUACAACUGCUUGACUCCCAACAACCUAUAGAGGAGGUGCUCUGUGAUCUAUACUAUUAUCGAAGACGGAUAGCCUUGCGAGUGUCAGAUGUUAACACUGCCUCCAAUCCGCACCUAGACUCAGGACUAACCAAGAAGUUCAUGCAACAACCCAUGUAUGCUAUUAGAUGUAAACUGGACGGAAUAGAUCCCAACUUGAUGGAACAGAUGUCUGAAAUAAUCACUGACCUGAGUAUAGCCUUCAACGUGCUACUAGACAAGAGUGUUGAAGUUGGAUCACUCAAGAUAGGAGAACAAGAUCUCGAUACGGAAGAUGUGAGGGACUACGCUCUAGGGUCGGGCAGGUCACAACUGCAGUUCAUAAACCUGGCCCAGUUGAUAGUGACGGGGCGGACGGUCUGUACCAAUCAUCAGGGAUGUCUCUGUGGUAAUCAGUUGGAUUGUUCGUCGGAGUGCCCGCGACGAGACUGUGUCAAGCCAAUAAAAUCAAAAGGGAUGUGCUGCCACUAUUGCGGAGCUGAAGUGAGAUUCAGGCCCCCUGCUGGCUUUUAUCUCGAGAAGUUCAAGAAGAGUCUCGGAAAUUUCCUCAAGGACGAUCAGCUCGCUAGUGACCAGAUCUCAAUAACAGUGUCCCUACAAGAGUACGAGCUCAGCACUCUCAGUAUUCAAAUCACUGUCUCGGACUCUAUCGCAGACGGAAUAGAAGGUGCUGGGUACGAGAGCUCUAAGAUAGCAUCUAAAAUCCGCAACUACAUAGUUGAUUACGACAUAGUACGCGCUUCUGAAUUGUUCAUCGUUCAAAGUCACCUGCAAUUUCAUCCUGAUCGUACUGAAGCUAUCGGAUCACCUCAGGCACCGUCAGCUGGUAUACAAAGCUGGGUUUUGUACGUUGUCCUCAGUGUCUCCUUCGUUCUCCUCAUUAUCAUAGUUGUCCUCCUCUUCAAGUGUUCACGUCGCUACAGAGAAAACACCAACAACCAGCCUCAUGUCAGACUGGAUCACGGAGUGCUGCCUCGGGCCCUUGAUAGGAGAUUCAAGCCUUGCGUUCCUGCCAUGGAUCAAGAUAUCCCCACGUACGAGGAGGUGCUGAUGGAAGAUAUGUUGACACGUGGUAUUGCUCCUGAUCAGCCUCGUAACCAAGACAACGUACUGCGCGCGGCACCACGUCGUCCUGGUUACGCCGAGAUUCCUACAACUGACAUAUGUGAUCGUGCCCGUGUCUGACAGAAGUAUAAGAUGUAUUAUCAUGGCAGAUCUGUCACACAGAUCAUCUGUGUGAAUCGUGUAAAAGCAAGAUAUCUUUCCUCUUCAUUAAUACUCUCUGAGUUAUGAAAGUUUGAACCGUUGAGUUUAUUAUUAUCAUACUCUUUGGUGAUCACAGAGAAUUUUUAUUCCCGAAAACAUUAACUUGUUUAGAUAUUAUAGAUUGAGACUGGUGGCUUGAGAACUAAG